GAGGGGCCAAACCAUUCCCGUGCUCCAUAGACGGCCAUUGUCUUACCCAGAGGGCAGGAGCCAUGUCUCACCAGAUGCCUCACACGUCGGAGAAGCCAUAUUCAUGCUCUGUAUGUGGGAAGUGCUUUACCCAGGUGGGGUAUCUUCCUUUACACGAGAGAACGCACACGGGAGUGAAGCCGUAUUCCUGCUCCGAAUGCGGGAAGAGUUUUUCUUUUAACUCGACUCUUAACAGACACAAGAUAGUCCACACGGGGGAGAAGCCGUUCUCCUGUUCCGAAUGCGGGAGGUGUUUCUCUCUUAAUUCGACUCUGAUUAAACACCAGAGAACCCACACGGGGGAGAAGCCGUUUUCAUGUUCGGAAUGUGGCAAAUGUUUUACCCGGAGGGACCACCUCAUGAUACACCAGAGGACGCACACGGGAGUGAAGCCGUACGCGUGUUCGGCAUGCGGGAAGUGCUUCACCCGGAAAGCCAGUCUUCUUGAACAUCAGAAAGCAGCUCAUAAAGUGAGUGAAAAGUUCCCGUGUACCAUAUGUGGGAAAUGUUUUACCCGGAAAGCCACGCUUAUUGAUCAUCAGAGGACUCACACCGGGGAGAAGCCGUAUUCAUGCUCGGAUUGCGGGAAAUGUUUUUCCAAGAAAACCAAAGUGAUUUUACAUCAGAGGACUCACACGGGGGAGAAGCCCUAUUCGUGUUCCGAGUGCGGAAGAAGCUUUUCCCGUAACUCGGCUCUUGCGAAACACAAAAUAAUUCACACUGGGGAGAAGUCCUAUUCCUGUCCCAUAUGUGGGAAAUGCUUUUCCCGUAACUCAGCUCUUGCUGACCACAACAGAAUUCACACCGGGGAGAAGCCGUAUGCGUGUUCGGAAUGCGGGAAAUGUUUCACCCGGAAAGACAAUCUUACUAUACACAAAAGGAUUCACACGGGGGCGAAGCCAUAUUCGUGUUUGGAAUGCGGCAAGUGUUUUUCUUUUAAUUCCACCCUUAGUAGACACAAGAUAGUCCACACGGGGGAGAAGUCGUAUUCAUGUUCCAUCUGCGGGAAAUGCUUCUCCUUUAGCUCGGCUCUUACCAACCACAAGAAGACGCACACGGGGGAGAGGCCGUUCUCGUGCUUGGAAUGUGGGAAAUGCUUCAGCCGCAAAGCCCAGCUUAUUAUACAUGAGAGAACUCACACCGGGGUGAAGCCGUAUUCGUGUUUGGAGUGUGGGAAGUGUUUCUCCCAGAGGACUAAUCUUACUGAGCAUCAGAGAAUUCAUACGGGAGAGAAGCCAUAUUCAUGUUCGGAAUGUGGGAAAUGUUUCUCCCAGAGAACCAACCGCAUUAAAGGACAUGUCGUUCUGCACCAGAGAACUCACACCGGGGAGAAGCCGUAUUCGUGCUCUGAAUGCGGGAAGGGUUUCCCCGCCAAAUCGGCACUCUCGAAACACAAGAGGAUGCACACCGGGGAGAAGCCGUUUUCAUGUUCCGAAUGUGGGAAAUCCUUUUCCUUUAACUCCGCCCUAACCAAACACAAGAAGACUCACACGGGGGAGAAGCCGUAUUCCUGUUCGGACUGCGGGAGGUGUUUUUCUCAGAGAGACCAUCUAAUCGCCCACCAGAAAACUCAUACCGGGGAGAAGCCGUUUUCGUGCUCCGAAUGCGGGAAGAGCUUUGCUAAAAAAGGAAACCUCGAGACCCAUCAAACAAUCCACACCGGCGAUCGGCCAUAUUCCUGCUCCGUCUGUGGGAAAGGUUUCCGCAGUAAAUCCAAUUUGCUGAGACAUAAGAAGGUCCACAGAGCAGAGGGUCCAUAUGCUUGCUCUGUGUGCGGGAAAAGCUUUUCUUGGAAAUCCUCUCUUUUCGAGCACGAAAGAACACACACGGACGACAGGCCGUAUCCGUGUUCGGAAUGUGGGAAAUGUUUCAAGCAAAAGUCGACUCUCGCCAUUCACGAGCGAAUCCACAACCCAGAGAAGCCGUUCUCGUGUUCUGAGUGCGGAAAGUGUUUUACCCAGAUAGGCAACCUUGCGUCGCACCAGAGGACGCACACUGGGGAGAAGCCCUUCUCGUGUUCUGAGUGCGGGAGGUGUUUUACCCGGAGAGUCAGCCUUACGGAACACAAGAGGACUCACACCGGGGUGUCUCCGUUUUCUUGUUCGGAAUGCGGGAAGUGUUUCACCCGCAAAACCAGUCUUGUGCUACAUCAGCGGACUCAUACCGGGGUGACCCAGUUUUCCUGUUCCAAAUGUGGCAAAUGCUUUACCCAGAGGUCCCAUCUCAUUGCACACCAGAGGACUCACCCUGCUGUGUCGCCCUUCUCGUGUAUGGAGUGUGGGAAAUAUUUUACCCGGAGGGCCAACCUCCUCGUACAUCAGAGAACUCACACUGGGGUGUCUCCGUUCUCCUGCGCAGAGUGCGGGAAGUGUUUCUCCAGGAGAGCCAGCCUCACCGAGCAUCAGAGGACUCACACAGGGGAGAAGCCGUAUUCCUGUUCUGAAUGCGGGAAAGGCUUUUCCCUCAUUUCCGCAUACAUUAACCACAAGAGAAUUCACACAGGGGAGAAGCCAUUUCAGUGUUCCGAAUGCGGCAGGUGCUUCACCCAACGAGCCAACCUGAUUGGACAUCAGAGAACGCACACCGGGGAGAAGCCGUUCCCGUGUUCUGUGUGUGGAAGAGUGUUUGCCCAGAGAGCGAUCCUCAUCUCUCACCAGAGAAACCACACGGUGGAGGAGCCAUACUCCUGCCCCAUCUGCGGCAAAUGUUUUUCUCGGAAAUCCACUUUCAUCGAACACGAAAGGACCCACACGGGUGAGAAGCCGUAUUCCUGUUCCGAAUGCGGGAAACGUUUCACCCAAAUAGGGCACCUCAUCGUCCAUCAGAGAAUUCACACUGCGGAGAAGCCAUAUCCAUGUUCUGAAUGCGGAAAAUGUUUCACCCAGAUAGGGCACCUUAUCGUGCAUCAGAGGACUCACACCGGGGAGAAGCCGUAUUCAUGCUCGGAAUGCGGGAAACGGUUCCCUAUCAGUUCGGCUCUUACCAGGCACAAGAGAAUCCACACGGGGGAAAAGCCGUAUUCGUGUUCGGAAUGCGGGAAAUGUUUUACCCGGAGAUCCUAUCUGUUCGUCCAUCAGAGGACUCAUAGCGGGGAGACGCCAUAAAUCCAUUCGGAAUGAAACAAGUGUUAUACCGAGAGCAAGAC